AUGACUACCUUUGAUGUAUUCUGCACCCUGACGACCAUUGACAUGCGCGAGGCCGAGCGUGCGGAAACCGCCCUCAUUGAAGAAGCCAAAAAAGAAGCCGACAGGAUCGCUAACCUCCGCUCCUCUCCAGGUGACGCCACCAAGGGUGCCAAGCUCUUCCAGACCCGUUGCGCCCAGUGCCACACCGUUGAGGCCGGCGGUCCUCACAAGGUCGGCCCCAACCUUCACGGUCUCUUCGGCCGUAAGACCGGUUCCGCCGAGGGAUACGCCUACACCGACGCCAACAAGCAGGCCGGUGUUGAGUGGAACGAGGACACUCUGUUCUCCUACCUCGAGAACCCCAAGAAGUACAUCCCCGGUACCAAGAUGGCCUUCGGUGGUCUGAAGAAGACCAAGGAGCGCAACGAUCUCAUCACCUACCUCAAGGAUAACACCGCAUAA